AUGCAUGCUACCACAAACAUUGCGGCGCGGUCAAUUGGUCAUUCGCGAUUCUCGAAAUCCGGGGUGUCUUGUAUCAUCUGGACGACGGGGAUCUUCCGAGACGCUGCAGACACCACUUUUCACAUUAAUAUUAGCAACCGCCAGUCUGGUUCAGCUACCCCAGACCCCAUCUCAGAGCUUUGGGCCAUGUGGCUCUUAAGAUCCGUGCCUAACAUAUACGAAGGCUCCCCAGUGAGCCCCAAACGCCCGUCUACAGCUCUAGCUGUAACUCUAAUUCAUCGUUCGGAAGCUGUGAAAUGCUUCUUCAAGAGCUCAUCCAAUAGGUUCAUGUUUCCAAUCGCGGGAGAUGUUUUCUAG